AUGACAAUGCUAUCGUCUUCACAGACGAGAACAUGGAAGUUCCAUACACAUAGGAGGCCACUUUAUUUGAAGGGACAAAUCAACGAUGUGUUUAUAAGAAGAGCUUUGGUAGACACGGGCUCCUAUGUCAAUAUAAUACCUCUGUCUGUGCUUAUGGCAGCUGGUAUUCCAUUAUCCAAAAUCGUGCAAUCUCAAACAAGCAUUUGCGGUUUCGGGAAUAAGAGUAAGAUCAUGGUCGGACACAUGCAAGUAAACUUGAAGGUGGGGCCAAUCCGAUCACUUACCAAGUUUUACGUGGUAGAUGUGAAUGUGGCUUACCAUGCUUUGCUUGGAAGGCCAUGGCUCAACAAGCAUAAACUUGUAGUCUCUAUUUACCAUCAAUGCGUGAAGGGAAGGAUUGGGUUGAGGCCAUUCCGCAUACCUGGAAACCAAGCACUGUUUAACAAAAACGAAGCUCACUACUCCGAGGCAGAAUUUUACACCGAAUGCACAGGCGCUGGAAGCAAACCAUCCAAUGAUUUCGGGACCUAUCUCCCUUCAUGGACUGAAAUUCAUGAUCUAAGCAACGAGGAGCUCAUCACCACUGUUGAUCGAGAAAGAAAGAGGCACUCGGAGGUCAACAAACAUGCCUACGACCAUCCUCAAUGCUCAAAGGCGACGCUGCCAGAUGGGCGCAUAAUGUAUCGCUUAUGA